GAACAACAAAAAAUGACAGAGGUAAAGCCCCGAGCUUCCAGACAGAGCUGAUUAGUCGGAUGCGUGAGGGUGGGGCUGCAGCGUGGCGACCCGGCCUCUGGGGGAGGGAGUCUGGGGGUGGGGCAGCCUCAGUGCUGGGGUGACCGGGCCCUGGGUGGACUCUCAGCCCAGGCUAGACAGGCACGGCUGCCCUCCCAGAGAAGCCUCGAAGGCCGGGGGGCAACAGCAGGGCUGGCCCUGGGGACCAUGACACCGGGGGGAAAAACCAUAAGCAAAGCAAAAGGAGCGGAUGAAACGGGGCUGGGGGUGGCGGGGGAGACGACCAAUCGGCAGGCGACUGUCUGUGCCAGGAGCCGCACCAUGCCCACUGCCCCUGGGAGGGCGCGGCGCACGGCCAGGCACCCUGCUCUGUCUGCACCAGGCCGUCCAUCAGGGGCAGGUGACCGAAGCGUCCUGCCAGCUCUGGGCUGCCCACAAUGCCUGGGAGACCCCUCGGAGGGGAGGAGUCCAGGGCAUCACGCCCCCAGCCAGGAGACCCAGCGCGCACAUGUGUGUGUGUGUGUGUGUGUCUGUGGAUAUGUGUGUGUCUGCGGGUGGUGGCUGUCUGUGGGUGUGGGUGUAUGUGUGUAUCUGUGUGUCUGUGUCUGGGGACGUGGGUGUCUGUGUGUCUCUGUGUGUGUGAGCGGAGCGCGACCAGAGCAGAAGCCGUGAAGCGCGGGCACAGGAAGGCCGUGGCCACCCUGCCUCCCCAGCCCGGGAGCGAACAAGCAGCUCAGGAGUGCUCCCAGGCGAGCGUCCGCCAGCACAAGGGACCAUGCCACCCCUGCAGGCGGCUGCUGUCCCCGACGAGCCCGGGGCUGCUGGCUGCGGCAGGGGUGGGGAGGGUGGGUGGGGCCCCGGCAGGCAGCCUGGAAGCAGAGCCAGCCACCUCCUCACUGAGUCAGCCGUUGAGCAACAGUCCAAAAGUCCUUCCGAGUUUCUGUCUGGAGCUUAUCCUGCCUCUCCUCGGGGCACGCCGCGGCGCGGGGGAGGUGGGCAGCUGGGAGGAGAGGAGGCGGCCUCGGAGGCUGCAGGGCAGGUCGGAGUUCCAGUCCUCCACGGAGGCCUAGAAAAUGAACGGCGGGAUCAUGUGGGCCCUCCGCAGAGAUGCCGCGGAGAGGAACCCAGACCAGGGCACUCAGGGAUCCGGGAGUCUGUCGACGCUGCACCACCGGCAGUACCCCGGGUUCCCAGACAGCCGUCACAGCGGCUCUGUGACAGGACACCCUCUGGCAUCUACUAGCGGCAAAUCACAGCUACUGCCAACGGCGUCUUGUCUUCAUAACUGAAGGCAAUGCUAACUUUCAGUAAAGGCUGAUGAAAAAUAAACCUUUUCCC